AUGUUUGACACCAAGCCUGCUGAUGUUUCGGCCUCCUUCCAACAAAUUCUGAAGGAGCAACGGGAUUUAGAAUUUCUUCUUUCGCAGCUGAAAAUCUUUGAUGAUUCCGAACAACAUCAACCAGUGGAAGCUGCCCAUAAUAACCAAUCAAUCGUCGGAUUGAAUGAUGAAAAAACUCUCAAAUUAAAUAUUAGAGGAAUGAAUUUUGUGAUUGGAGAACAAUUGUGGACCUCCAUGGAACAUGAAGGAAAGAGCGAUUCGAUGGAAUCAUCAUCAUCAUCAGAUGACAACAAUUUGACAUCAUCAAAUUGCAAGAACAAUAAGAAUUUAUUUUCUCUAUUGUUCGAUCAUCACAACACUCGUCUUUCCAACAAGUCAUCUUUGUCGUCUGAAAAGGCUCUUCCGAUUGAUGUUGAUUUGAAUGGCAACAUCUUGUUGGAUCGUGAUCCCAUUCGAUUUCAAGACAUGGUGCAAUGUAUGAGAAUUGCUCAUCAAGGAAAAGACUCUCUCAAAAAAUAUUUAUCAAAAAAGAGCAUUGGCGAGCUGAUACAACUGAAAGAAGAAUGCAUGUUCUUUUCCUUGACAUCUCUUGUAGAUUGUAUUAAUCUGAUUAUUAUCGAUUUUAGGUUGAAUCCAUUUGAUUUGGUAGUAGCUCAACAAAAAUUGUCCCUCGAUCAACGCAUGCAAGAAAUGCUACAAGAAAUUCAAAACCAUCAACUCGAGACAUCGAGAAAACAUGAUUCAGUGAAUGAUACCGAUGAAAAUAAGGCAAUGGAUCUCGCUUCAGAAUUAAAUUUGCCAUCUCAAGACAAAUCCACUCAAUUAUUGAAAGAGCACUACUCCAAAAUUGCGCACUCACAAGUUGUUUUUACCACCCAUUUGGACUCAUACAAAUUCACGAUUGAAGAAUUAUGUGAUUUCAAAGACACGUUGUUUUUUGAGUUGGCACUUUCACACCUCACUACUGCAUCUGAGACUCAACAUGAUGCUUCUCAAAUUUUAUUAGAUGGUGGUAAGGAAGUAUCUCUCAUGUUAAAAUACAUGAAAAACGCGAAAGAGUUGAGCAGUGAAGAUUUUGCUUGGCUCGACUCGAACAAAUCCAUCACAACUCUCUCCUGUCAAUACUAUAAUUUUGAAGAAUUUCAAUCAUACGUGAACAGAUGCUCGUUUCCAAAUUUGAGAAAUAUCAUUGGUGAAGAAAAUUGGGCCAUCAAAAUUCAAGAAGACAUGUUACGAAGAGCUUUUGUUUCACAUCGAAACUCUCCACAACUGGAACGAGCGAGCAAUUCCCUGUUAAUUCCAAUGCUGUCUUCUCUUUCCCAUUUUAAGCCAUGUAAAUUGGCUCCGCAACUCUCCAGAGACUCUUUAUUGUUUCAAGAUGUUCCCAGUAACACGUUACAUGGACCAUUGUGUGAACCUCAAGUAGUUUCGUCCAUCGAAGAGUUUUUAUUCAAUUACCAUCAUUUCACAGAGGGCAUGUUGGAUGGUUUGGAUUGGUCCAAUGUCAUCAUGGCAGGAGGUAGUGUCGCAACUAUGAUUACCAAAAUGCCAACCAUUAGAGACAUUUCAUUGAGAUCAAUAAGGAGAACACGUUACGAAUUAAGAAAUGAUAUUUAUUCACUUAUUGAUAUGCCUGAAAAGGCAGCAUCUAUUCAUUACCACAGUAACAGACACAAAUGGGACAAUCAUUACUCAGAUAUCGAUCUGUUUAUCUAUGCGUUAGAUGAAAAGGCUGCCAUUGGGAAAAUAAGACACAUUUUCGAAGUGGUCAAAAGAAAUGUGUCUGGUGACGAUGUGUUAAUUUGUAGAUCUGGUCAUGCCAUUACUUUCAAAACUUCAAAAAGAGAUGUUCAAAUUGUAUUAAGACUCUACAAGAAUAUUUCUGAAGUUUUGGUAGGAUUUGAUUUGGAUAGUAGUUGUUUUGCAUUUGACGGUAAAGAAGUUUACACUACUCAGAGAGGAAAACGUGCCAUCACACAAGGUUAUAAUAUGGUGGACAUUGAUCGUCAAUCUUAUACCUAUGAAAAAAGAUUAUUCAAAUACUACAUUUCGAGAGGAUACAAAAUACUUGUUCCAGGUCACAACAGGACAUUCAUAAGACGUGAAGGUCUCAUGCAUCCCAUUCAAGAAACCAUUACCAAUAGAAUCAAACGCAUCCCACAACCGAUUGCCAGUAAUUGUCGUGGGUUGGCCCUACUCUUGUUGAACGAAAUUCGACUUCGUCAUAGUAUCAAUACAGCCACUACAAUGCAUACAGAACGUCGUUUCAAUAGUUGUAUCGAUACACGUAUUGGAAUUGGUAAAGAAUAUCACAAAGAUGGCUGGUUAAAUGAAUCGGAUUACUCUGGUUUUGUUUUUAUUGAUCAAAAACAAAGACAUCCAUCUCAACAAUUUAAAUAUUUCCAGACAUUCGAAAAAGCAAUGAAUGAUCGUCAAGGAGAACAUGUGAGACUAUUUGGAACUGAAAAUCCUAAAUUGGAUUUUAAGGUUGUCUAUCAUUUGAAUGAUUUGAAUUCGAACUUGUCAAACACUAAAAUAAGAUUUGAGUUUGUUACAGAAAAUCCUGGAAGGCAAGAUAUGAUUGGGUCAUUCCAUCCUCAUGCGAGAAAUUUUUACGAAGAUGCCUAUCUACCUUAUCAUGAAUUACUUACCAAACGUUUGAUUCAGAAAAAUCAUUUACCAAACUUUAUUCGAGAAAUUCCUGUCAUUUGGGUGAAUAACCCUUAUACACGCAGCUAUAGCAAGUGGCAAUGGUUUAGAAUUGAAAAUGAGACUCGUCACAUUUAUUGGAGACAUUUCCAUUCUAGAUAUCGCAGAAGGGCAAGAAGAAAUCCAUACUUUGUUCGUGGCGAUUAUUACGUUACUCCCUAUCGCCUGACAUUUAAGGAAAUUGAAAGUGAAUAUCGAAAAGUUUUGAAUAAUGAAAUAUCUGGAGAGAGGACGGAGAUUGGAGUUAAUUUCAUCAAGUGGAGAUAUUAUGGCUACACAAGAUUGAAGCGAGAAAUGUCAUUUGAAUAUAUUUUGUAA